CACACACCCCCACCCCAGUGCAAGUCAAGAACAGAGAGCGAGACAAAGACAAAUCAGGCGGAAUCGAUCUAUCUAAAGUUAAGCUCUUCAUUUGUACAGGUAGAACUCAAGACAAACACAGCUUUAAAAGACAGGUUCUCUCAGGACUUUUCAUCAGGACUUUAGAUAGUUCUACUUCAAGUAUCUGUGUCCUUUAUCUAUUGCAGCACUACUGGGAUUCCCAUUUAAACCAACAUGUCACAGUUCAGCACUCUUUCAGUGCGUGAGAGGAAGAUGCAGGCAGCUGCCCUUUGCCAUGAGGUUCAUGGUGGUGCCAAUGGAUUUACUAUGGACCUGGGAAAGAAACUUUCCACUCCAAAGGACAUCAUGCUGGAGGAACUUUCUCUCUUGUCAAACCGAGGAUCACGCCUUUUUAAGAUGCGACAGCGAAGAUCAGAGAAAUACACAUUUGAAAGCAUUCAGAAUGAAGCCAACACCAUUUUAAAUAAUGAAAAUCAAGCAAAUGCAGAAAACUCAGAAAAUAAAGUUGCCUCAAAAACACCACCAAACACACCAGAUCCCAGAAACCCAGCAAACCCAGAGGAAAUUGCACCAGGAUAUGGCGGUCCCUUGACAAACAUUCCUCCAGAGAGGUUCAAUGCAACAGCUAUGCCAAAAUCCUACCACUCCCCAUGGGAAGAGGCCAUCAUCAAUGACCCAACUCUGACUGACACACUUAAAGUUCACAUGCCAGUCCCAGAGCCCAAACUAGAGCUGCCUGACUACAAAAGCUUUAACAGGGUGGCUACACCAUUUGGUGGUUUUGAAAAAGCUCCACGAGGGAUCACCUUCAAGCUUCCAGAUGUUGAUUUGAAUGCUCCUCGAUAUCCUGAGCUCCAGGAUCCUACAGCUAAGCGGCCCACUUUCAACAGGACUGCCCAGGGGUGGAUCUCCGAAGGAAUGCCUCUCAUUUUACCCACUGUCUCCCUGGAGCCUUUCGAGAUCCCUGAGUCUGAAGAUCUGUAACACUGAUUGAAUUCUUCAUGUCCCCCAAGCCCAAUGAGCUUGACUGUGUUAUAAGGUGUUUGUAGAUGUCAUCCAUAGCUUCUGUUUGCAGGGCAGAUUUGUGUUUUAUUUCUUUUCUUUGUAUGUUGGAGUGACUUUUGGACAGCUGUUCUUGGGGCAGGAAUUUCCACUUUUUUAAAUAAUGGAUGCCUCAAAAGUGAAGAAUAAAAUGGGAAUUGAACAAAACAGUAAUAUGAGGCAGCAUUAAUAAUCAUCAGGAUUAAUACUUUUUGUACUGUUUGCAAAACAAUAAGCAUCCAGAAAGUAUAAGAAUAUAAAUGUGGUGUUUGUGCAAUUACAUAAUGUAUUGAUACAUUAAGGUGUCAUAGUGAUUUUCACUAACAUUUUGCAUGGUCAUACUGUGAAACAUCAUCAGUAUUCUAAGGUUGCAGUCAUCUUUAUCAGCAAUAUAUUUAGUACAGCAUGACAUCAUUUUGAGGUUGUAAUUUUUUUGCACUCUAGGUUCCACACACACACACACACACACAAAAACUUUUUAAAAUCAUUCAUUUCAUUAACAAAAUCAAAUUGAUCAGGGAUAGGUCAUUGGUUGAAAAUGUAAUGUAAAUAUAAUAUGUUGUGUUCCUGAAAUCUUGUUUGAACUUAUAAUCUAUUAAUAUAUAUUUCUGAAAAUUAGUUUUGUGAUGUUUUGGCUUAUGUUUAACAUUAUAUUCACAGUGUUAGAACCUUUGCUUGUAUUGUAGCUCAAAAAAUAAAUUGCAUAUAUAUUUAUAUUAA